CGCACGGUCUGCAGCCCCGGCCGCUCCCAAGUGCACAGUCCUAGGGCCUAGGACAGUGCUGCGGAGAGGGAGGCGCCGGCGGGCCACGGAGAGGCCUGGGUUGAGAGCCAGGAGGCGCGCGGGGGUGGGCGCUGCAGCCGCGGGUUGUUUAUCUGGAGUACGGAGGGGAGGGGGGAGCCUGGAAACCGCCCCGUGUCCCAUUUCCUCCUCUUGUUUUCGCUCCGGAUUCUCCAUGUUGGACCCAAACUGAGGAGCCCGGAGCUGCAGCCGGGGGAUCGGGGCCGGGGGCACCGAGGGGUAGCCACUGCCCGGGCCGCCCGCCCUCCAUCCAGGCCACCUCCCUUCCCGGCUCGGGGAGGGAACGAGAGCAGGGAUGUGAACAGCCGUGGGGAGCGCAGACUUGGGAGCCGGAGCCCGAGCGGGCCCCCCGCCCAGGCCCCCCAGCCCAGCCCAGCCUGCGCGCCGGCCCGCCCGCCCGUCCUCCCGCCCAGCCAGCCCGGGCCCGCGGGAUUGUUAGAUGGAACACGGCUCCAUCAUCACCCAGGCGCGGAGGGAAGACGCCCUGGUGCUCACCAAGCAAGGUCUGGUCUCCAAGUCCUCUCCUAAGAAGCCUCGUGGACGGAACAUUUUCAAGGCCUUUUUCUGCUGUUUUCGCACCCAGCAUGUUGGUCAGUCAAGCUCCUCCACUGAGCUCUCCCCAUACAAGGAGGAAGCCAACACCAUUGCUAAGUCGGAUCUGCUCCAGUGUCUCCAGUACCAGUUCUAUCAGAUCCCAGGAACCUGCCUCCUCCCAGAGGUGACAGAGGAAGAUCAAGGAAGGAUUUGUGUAGUCAUCGACUUGGACGAAACACUUGUGCAUAGUUCCUUCAAGCCAAUCAACAACGCUGACUUCAUCGUGCCUGUUGAGAUUGAGGGGACCACUCACCAGGUUUAUGUGCUCAAGAGGCCUUACGUGGAUGAGUUCCUGAGAAGAAUGGGGGAGCUCUUUGAAUGCGUCCUCUUCACUGCCAGCCUGGCCAAGUAUGCCGACCCUGUGACAGAUCUGCUGGACAGGUGUGGAGUGUUUCGGGCCCGCCUCUUCCGGGAAUCCUGUGUGUUCCACCAGGGCUGUUACGUCAAGGACCUCAGCCGCCUGGGAAGAGACCUGCGGAAAACCCUCAUACUGGACAACUCGCCUGCUUCCUACAUCUUCCACCCUGAGAAUGCAGUACCUGUGCAGUCUUGGUUUGAUGACAUGGCAGACACUGAGUUGCUGAAUCUGAUCCCCAUCUUUGAGGAACUGAGCGGAGCAGAGGAUGUCUACACCAGCCUUGGGCAGCUGCGGGCCCCUUAGUCCUCCCUGCUUCCAAGCAGCGGCCAUCCCAGUUAAGGGGACUUGCCUACACUGUGCCUUCAUGAUCAGCCUGACAGAGUGGGAUCCGGAGCAUCUCACCAAAUGAAGCUUGGAAAUAGAAAUGAUUACAAAGAUUUAGGACAGGUUAGAUGCCGAGUAGGCAAAUAUCAAACCAACUAUAGCCAGAACUACCUACUCCCUGAGUUGGGCUCCCAUGGGGUGUGUGUGUGUGUGUGUGUGUGUGUGUGUGUGUGUGUGUGUGUGUGUGUGUGUGUGUGUGUGUGUAUCUUGCCUUGAACCAUAGCCCUGGGGUAUAAUUAUUUCAGGUUGAGGGAGAAUCUGAAAGACUAAAAUUCUCCCUAAGUUAAGCCUGUCAUUUUAUCCAGUCACCCUAAGAGCCACUGAGCUCUAGCAGGAUGAAGACAAUUGAAGGCUCCGUUGCCAAACCAUGGCCUUUGCUCAGUGUUGUAAGGCUCAGGCCAAGGAGAAAGGAGGGCAAGAGGCUGCCUUCUGGUGCCCUAGGGGACUCCCCCUCCCCCUUUCUGAAACCUUUCUCCAGCCAGCUGCUGCAGACAGACAGAUGACAUCUCUGCAUCUCUGGGAAGAGGAAAACUUGCUCCCAGGACCUGUAGCCUCAGUGGCCGCCAAGGCCUGUGCACUCGCCUCCAGCUGAGUGCCUGGUUUGGGCCUUCUCUCUGGGGUCUCCCCAAGGCUUGGGUACCAGACCUGCCUUCCUCACCACCUAGCCAUAGUCUUGAACCUAUGGGGAAGGAGGUUCACAGUAUCUGCCCUGGAAGAGGACAGAUGAUUGAUUUCCGUUCUUUUGACUCUGUUUUAAAAUUCUCUUUCUAAACAUGGAGUGUUGGACCUGUUUUGUUUCCGCAGAGCUACAGCCCUGGGGCUAAGAUGACUGGGAGGCACUGGGGGUGCAGGAAGAGGAAAAUCCUGAAAGCGUGAAUGUGUGUCCCUUUGGCUUGUUAGUCGGCUGAGCAUGGGACAGUUGUCUGUAAAUCUGCCCUUCAGGGAUUUUCUGCUGGUGCUGGUGUAAGGACUUGCAUUCCAAAGUCCAUGCAGGAAGGGCGCUCCGAGUCCCGCCCCUCCUGUUUCUCGGGCAGGGCUCUUUCCUGUUGUGUCUUCCCAGGAUCUGCCUUCUGCCAGGCACUCCUCUGCCCCAGUCCUCUUCCUGGCUGAUGCUUUUUUAUUCUCCAGAGCCUCAGAGACACUCCUGCUUUUCAAACCGGGCUAAGGGGGGAAUGGUUCUGUUCAUCAUUUACUUUGCCAACCUAACACACCUGCCACCUGCAUUGCUGACAGGUGUGAGCAAGCCCUUCACACCUGCGCUUUGGUAUAUCUUGCUUUCAAAGUUUCUUUAUUGUGAAUGCUUUAAAAAAAAAAAAGUUACAACAGAUGUGUCCCCACAAUGGAAAAACAAAAGGGGAAGUGCUGCUGUAAUUAGGAGCACAAGGGGCUCCCUUGGGGAGCCCCAACUCAGCAUCACUGCCUUAAAUGGAGCCUCUCUCCCCCCCCCCCCUUCUUCCCUCUUUUCCUCCCUGAGUUGGGAAGGACUUCCUAUCUCCAUCUCUGUUUUCCCUAGAGGUAGGUAUCCCACUGCGCUUGUAAAUUGCUUCGGGUGCAAGGAGGCCUCCCACUCAGGACUCAGCCCCAACUGUCUUUUUCCAGUUUCUAUCCACUAGGUCAAGCCAGAGGAACUAACCAGUUUUAAGAAACACAGGAGGCCGAGCAGCAGCUUCAUGUUCUGGUGGUAGCUGACUGGCUGGAACCUUUCUCUAGUAUUGCAGUGCCGUCUCCCCCUUGUCCCAAGAUUGAGAGACCUUGUUUCUCCCUGUGGUGUUACAGAAGUGGAGCAGAGUCCCCAAAACCGAUGUGGCCAUUUUACUUUCCCCAGUAUCAUUCAUUCCCUGGUGCCUAAGAGUUCCAGGUGUGAACCAGGAACUUUGUAGGGAGAAAAAAAAAAAGAUGGGGGCUAACGACUCGGAGGUUGACUUAGGCUUCAGAUCCAGCCCCCUACUCUAGGUCUCUAGCCUAGUGUUGUGAGAGGAGCUUCCAAACCCCACUCUAAAGGUUAGCCUUCAGGUCAAAUCUGCCACCUGGGCCCAGCCAAACUUUUUUGACUAAAUAAGCAAUAAGAGGCUAUAAGCUGAUCCAGCCCUAGAACCCUUCCUGCCCUCCUUUGGGUCUCCAAUAUUUUUAAGGUGAAGGAAGGGCCUGUACCAUCCCCUUUCUGUCAGGCUUUGAAUGAGGUUCUUUACCACAGGCCAGGAUAGCUUGGUCACUGCUGUUGGUUGACUUGUGGAGCCUCUGUUCUCUUGGCCUUACUCCUGUCAGAACCCUGCCUUGUCCACUGCACUUCAACAAAAAUGUCAUCCCUGUUCAUCCCUCCCUGCCCUUUCCCCAGAGAAGCAACUUGGCCAAAUCUGAACAGGGUCUAUCCAUGUGGACAAGAGCCAGCCUAAAGUCAUCAUUUGCUGUCUGGUUUCCAGUUUCACAGUGUGUUAGAGGCAAGUAGAGAUUGUAACACUUACUCCUUAGAGGAAUCAGGCCAGACUAAGUUUUGGAGGAAAGUAAGAUCAGGAGGGAGUCAUUUCUACUCUAGAGUCUACUCUUGAGCUUCCCACCAACCAGCUCUUCCUGUUUGAGGCUGGUCUUCUGGAGGCUAUAGGCCACCAAGCCUGGUCAGCACCAACGAAAGCCAUGCCAGGAACCUGCCCACCUGCCAGGGUCAGUUCUUUGAGGUGCCUCUUCAGGGACACCGUGUGUCUCUCUGAUUGGGCUUCUAAAUCAAAAGCCUGAUGUUCGUGUCCCCCUCAUAGGGGGAGCUUUGGACACAGGACCAGUUUGGAAAGGGUCAGGUAAGAGUUUCCACUCUGCACAUUGUAGAGGGGGUACUCCGUAACCCACGGUCCCUUAUUAUAAAGAGGUCGAGUAAAUUUGCCUUCAGUUAACCUGGGACCUUCUGUUGAGUCCCCUCCUGCCUCCCAAAGAUUUUGAUUGUUUUUCUAAGUGUAUAAACUCACCUCUUAAGUGGUCCAGAAGCUUUCUUAUGCUAAAAGCAUGGGAAGUUUAGAGCAGUCAUUCCCUGGGAAACAGACCCCCUUUUCCUGCCCUCCCUUUCCCUAGGGCCUCACUCGACAGGCAGCCCCAGAGGCCAGCCAGGCCCGAGUGUCUGCUGAAGGUUAGCCUGUCUUCCCCUUCAGGUCUUAAAUUGGUUUCCCUCAUCACUCUCCCCCCCCCCCCACCUUGGGCCUUUGGAGUUCCUUUGCUUGUAGUUACCCCAA